AUGAUACCUAAAACUUUAAUAAUCUUACUUCUUUCAUCAGUUAAAAAUUUAAUGACUCUACUCGCUCAAUGUUGCCUUUAUUUUAUUUUUUGUCUUUUUUUCAUUUUUAUUUUCCUUGUUUUUAUUAAUUUCUAUUCUUUUUACUUUUCCCAACUCAACAGAUAUUUAUUUCCGUCAACUCCCUCACAUUGCAAGCUAUCCAUCCUCCUCCCUUCUUUUUUGUACUUCCUUUGCUUUAAAGGAUCUUUUGUCAUUUUUUCCAGCUAAUUGCCACUUUUUUCCAUUCAUACCCCAAAAAUGCCCCUUUUUUUCUUCGAUU